AUGGCGGAAGUUCUGGGCGUCGUAGCAGACGCUCCCGUGCCCGCUGAUGAGGGCACUGCUCCGCCUACACCACCUGACGUGCCCCUGAAGGGUAAGAACCGCCAGCGAAUCCUCCGUGGCAUCCAGCGCAUCUCUUCAUCGCCGUCCCUCACCGGACUGGGACGAUCAAGAUCGGUCAGCAAUCCCUACAGCCUCCGAUAUGGUUCCAUGUCCUGCGUCAGUCUAUCCACAGCCGGGCCCUCGCAGGGAUCCCCGAGCGGCAGGUCUCCCACGCCUCAGCUUUCUCCCCUGGCCACGACAGACGGUUCGUACUUUGACUCUCAAGCCGGCAAAGGAGUAUUGCUGGUUGAAGAGGAAGAGGACGAUGGUGUCGACAAGUUGCCGGCCAUUCGAAAAGUCGCCCUUGGGCCUGCCCACAGCUCGCCCACCGUUUCUUCCCUGCCGUCCGAGCUGAAGGGACGAGCUAGAGGUUCGGAAAAGAAGGAUUUUUAUUUCUGGGAUAACAUCCCUCACGAGGUGCGGGUCCAUAUCUUUGCAUAUCUGCGGCCCAAGGAGCUGGUGCGGAUAUCCAGAGUCAGCAAAUCGUUCUACAGCUUCUGCUUUGACGGGCAGCUGUGGACGUCAAUCGAUGCCUCUGAGUUUUACCAGGAGAUCCCUGCUGCCUCACUGGCACGCAUCAUUGCUGCCGCCGGUCCCUUCGUCAAAGAUUUAAACUUGAGAGGAUGCGUUCAGGUGGAGCAUUACAAGCGCACCGAAGUCAUUGUCAAGUCGUGCAAGAAUCUGAUGAAUGCGACCCUCGAAGGCUGUCGGAACUUCCAAAAGCACACGCUUCACAAUCUACUCAGAAGCAACGAGAAGCUGGUGAACCUGAACCUGACGGGACUCGCGGCGGUGACAAACACAUCUUGCAAGAUUAUUGCUGAAUCGUGCCCUCAGCUGGAGAGCUUCAAUGUCUCGUGGUGCCAGAAGGUCGAGGCUCGCGGGAUCAAGGCCAUCAUCGACGCUUGCACAAAGCUGAAGGACCUCCGUGCUGGCGAGGUAAAGGGGUUCGAUUGUCUUGCUACCGCAGAGUCGAUUUAUAACACCAAUCGACUUGAGAGACUGGUUCUCAGCGGGUGUCUUGAGCUCAAUGACGAGGCAUUGAAGAUCAUGAUGCAUGGGGUUGAUCCUGAGAUUGAUAUCCUCACCGGUCAUCCUGUGGUUCCGCCUCGUCGGCUUCGCCACCUAGACCUGAGCCGCUGCAUCAGACUGACCAAUGCAGGGUUGAAGGCAGUUGGCCAUGUGGUUCCAGACCUGGAAGGCCUGCAGCUUUCGGGAUGCAAGUCGCUGACCGACGCAGCGCUUGAGCCCGUCCUUGCCUCAACACCGAGGUUGACCCUCCUCGAGUUGGAGGAUCUUGACGAGAUCACCAACUCGCUGCUGUCUGAGCAUCUCGCCAAGGCGCCGUGUGCUGCCAAUCUGGAGCACCUCUCUCUGAGCUACUGCGAGAAUAUUGGAGACCUUGGCAUGCUCCCCGUCAUGCAAAAGUGCAUACGGCUGCAGAGUGCUGAUUUGGACAAUACGAAAAUCAGCGAUCUCGUCCUGGCAGAAGCUGCCUCGAUGGUCAUCAAGCGUUCCAAGCCGGCUUCAACGAGUGAUGUUCGUCCCAAGGUAACGCUACGGCUAGCAGUAUACGACUGCCAAAACGUCACUUGGACAGGCAUCCGGGAAGUCUUGUUCAGGAAUGCUCAGGUCAGGCCGGCCGCAGACCAGCCCGGCGGCAUCACGUACCCGACCGAGAGCAUUGGCCUGAAGUGCUUCUACGGCUUCCAGAUGACCGUCGACGAGCACCAGAAGAGAGUUCUCAGGGGCGACUUUGUGGCCGCUGGUCGGCUGGAGAGAAAGUGGGCAGACUACAUGCAGGCAAACGAAGAAGCUGGCGUCGGGGGAGUUGGAUAUCGAAGGCGCCGGCGCAGAGCAAGGCAUGCACAAGCUCUUCAUGCGGAUGAGGAGGACGGCGGGGUUGUCGGCCGCCGCAGGGCGAGGACCUUGGGCUCUUGCUCCGUGAUGUGA